AGCGGUGGCAACUUGUUGGCGUAUAUAUACAAGGAAAUACCUGUAUAGCGUAAAUAGGUCGAUACAUGUGACUAUCUUGUGUGUACUUAAAAUGGAUACGUUUGUUUUAAUUUCGGUGAUUUUCGGGAUUUUAAAAAUCUCACAAGGUUACGAAGCUGGUACGCUGCUACGCUGUAUCGAGUGCGAACAUAUAGGCUGGAACAACACCUACAGAUUCCCUGGUGCACAGAACAUUUACCAGUUACUACAAAGCAAAUAUAACCCGGCAUGUGCUGCUGUAAACCCACGUGAUCCGAAUGUGUAUAACCAGAAUUAUCAGAAUCAGUUAAAUCAACAAAUGCAACUGCAGAACACAAACCCCCAACAGCAAGGCAGUAAUUUCUUCCAGAAUAGAAAUGAGGUUAGGGAGACGGUUUGUCCGGCGCUUCAAAAUACUGUAGACCGAUGUAAUUACGUGUACGGUAUAGCUACUGUCGAACUCCCAGUUUACGGAGCUACAAUGACCCUUGCCAUGCAUGCUCGGAAUUGUAUCGACAUUGUCAAUACAGUAGAUAACGGGUGUUAUCAUCGGGACACCAACCUUGGUUAUCAUGAAGUGAAAACCUUUAUCCAGAACAAACUACAGUUUUUGGGAAGUGCGGAGCUUAAAAGGUUCGUCGGAACACAAUGUUAUUGCCACACAGACAUGUGUUAUCCAUACAUAAACUCGAGCAGGAACGUCGUGGCCUCCGGGUUCAGCCUUAUUCUCGCUCUGAUUACGUUUAUUGUCAUACGCUAAAUAUAUGAACACUGAUUAGGUUCUUCCAAUUUCUGAAUUAUACAUGUACUGGCUAAAGGCCUUUAAACAAAGAAUGGACUGAUACAAUGUUUUCUUUGGUUCUAUUGUAAAGAGUAAAUAAUAUUUUAAAUAUAUCAGCAAUGCUAGUAGAGAAUUGCUAAAGAUGAUCUGCAGGCAGGCUCGUGUAAUGUCGGCAGUUUCCGUACAUUUUCCUGAAGGGAUAGUUCUGCGCCCAGCCGUCUUUGUUCAAUAUUUGUCGAUGUUUUACGGAAUCUGUCGUGAACAGUCACGGAAUAUAUCGACAUAACACGACACUAUGUAUCGUCUUUCUAACUCGUUAUAAACAGUCCGUCUUAUAAUUUGUGAAAUGUUUGUCUCAAAUUUUUAUCUUUGUUUCACUUUUGGUUUAAAAAUAAUUGUGACGUAUGGUAUUUUGAGAGCGUCUGACAUUUAAAGAGAUCUGAAAAUGAUUAGAAUAUACCCUGUGUGACUGGCAUAGGGCCAACUGUUUUAAAAUCCAAAGAGAGACUCUUAUAUCUCAUAAUUUCGUCCAUUGUGUGAGGAUAGAUUGUAAAAUAUGUUAAUUUGUCAUUGUAAUAUUUUCUUUUUUUUAUACAUAUAUAUGCAAUGACUCAAACUUUCGAUAUUCAAGAUCCUUUUUCAGAAUUUUAGUAAAAACUACCGACCUGAAACACAGACUUUACCUACAUUUUGAAACUAUUGGAAAUUUAAAUUUUAGACAAAGCCUGUCUUAAAUGUUUUUAAAGGAACACUAAUUUUAUAUAAAAUAUAGACAUUAUUAACUUUAGAGUACAAUUUCAUAUACAUGUAUAACAUAGCUAACCGUACGAUUUCUAUUCAUUCCUUUGUGUAAUGUGAUAUCAGUAAUCAUUUUAUCAUAUACUCAGUACAUUUAGAAAUGCACACCUACUGUUUUUCUCUUUAUUUUUUUCUUACAAUACAGUAACAUUUACCUAGUUUUGCACAUUUAAUAGCUUACUCUUUCUGAAUCAUGCCAAAUUUCAUGAAUAUAUAAAAAAACAUGAAAAACUGAACGUCUUAUAUAAAUAUCAAUAUCAUUUUAUUGCAUUAAACAUAUUACAGUGCUUAUAGCACAAAUACAAUAUAAACAAAAGCAGAUGAAAACAUAUCCAAAAGAGGGAGAAAAUGACAUUCUUAGAUUUAUGUUUCAACAUAUAACUGUGAACCACUGAUUUUGAUUUUUAUCAUAUUUUUAAACAAAAAGGAAUAAUUGUGCAAUCCGGAUUUUAUUUGCAAAGAAGAAUAAUUUAGCUAAAUGACAAAUUGACUUUUUAGAUUUAGAAUUCAUAAUCAAAUCAAACUUGUCUAAAGUUGGCCAUCGGCAGUAAUAACGUUUAAGCUAUUUUUUUUUAGUUCGUGGUAGCUGGGAUAGUUAUACAAAACAUUUAUACGAGAAUACCUGUCUUAACAACGACAGAAAUUGAUAAACAUCUUAAUUAGGGCCAAGACAUUUUAGAAAACAUAUCAAAACUUAUUAACCGUUGCUGCUAAAUGGUUUUUUUUUAAUUGGAUAAAAAUGAAUAUCUUCUGACUUUAGAACACCUCGUUUUCAGGAAUUGUAAAAAAAUGUGAUAUUUUAGGUUUUUAAAAAUCACAAUGGUAACAUUAUGGAAAAAAAACACUACUAAAACUAUGAAAUUGAAACGUUCGAGUCGUCAAAAAACAAACUGUUAAAUCUGAAUUUACCGUAUGAUUUCUACUGUAGAUUGGAGCUAAUUUUACUAUUUAAAAAUAUUAUUUGCGCAUGCGUAAUACACAAUCUAUGAAAUUUCAAACUUGCGUUUGAUAUGACCUUUUUCUGAACAAUUUAAGGAUUUCAAAAGAAUGGUUAUUCAUGAUUAGGUAUUGAAAAUUUUGAAAUGAAAAUCUGAUCUAGUUUUUCUGAAAUCUGAUAACCAAAAGUGUGCGUUUUUAAAUGUACUGAGUGUACUUUGUAUUGCAAUAUUUUGUUACAAUGCCGUUACAAUUUUCGUUAUGAUAUUUUACAAUUUACAUUGUAUAGCAAUACUAUUGUAAUGAUGUUAUAAUUAUAUUAUGCCAUUUUGUACAUCACUUGAAAUAUGUCAUAAUUAUACUUGUAAGCUUUAUCAGCAUUUUAACAAUGUGCCAUUUUAAAGUAGAUCUAGUUUAAAUGUAGAAAUUUUGUUAGUACACACGAACGCGAGAUAUGUGUAAGAUAGAUUUAUGAGUAGGUACUGUAUAUAGUCAUAAAAAUGAAUGUCUGAAAAUGAGAAGUUCUUGAAUGUGUUCAUCUCUGGUAAAUGCAAUCUAUAUGUAAGAUUUAUAUGUAUUUAUUCAAUAAGACACAUACAUUAUAACUGAACGUCGGUCAGGAAUGGAAUUACAUGUAUACUUUAUUUUUUACAGUUUUACAGCGACAUUAAAGUUUUUAAUGGAAAAAAAAUCUGUAAAGACUUCAUACUUAUGGCAGUGUUGAAGCUAUAAAAAUGCUGAAUUAUUGAACACCAUGACCUGUUUCUAAUUUUGAAAAAUCACCUUUGGCGGAUCUGUUACAACGCUUGCUUUCUUUUGAAAUUUAGGAAAUAGAAUUUAGUUUUGCGUGCUCUGUUGGCAAAUAAAUCACGGUUUUGAGUUCAGAUGCGUGGUAAUCUAAUCACGAAGGUCGAAGGUCUUAGUGUUUAAUUACGAUACAUCUGAACAGAAAAAAACGUGUUUUUGCCAACAAAGCAUGCAAAACUAAACUCUAUUUCCAUUAUAACACGUUCAAAUUACACCAGUAAGGGAUACUAAUCUAGAAUCAUUUUUUAGCGUAAAUGGACGCAGUAAACCGGAAUAGCCAAAUUAAAAAGUAAGUCAUUUUGCGAAACGUGUUCUACUCGACAAGAGAAUACACUUUAAAAUCCUUCUUUGUUUAUAGAAAAGAAAAUCUUAAAAGUGUUAGAACUGAAAAAUUUAACACGAUGUCAGGAAAGCUGGAAAGGAGAUCACUCAAAUCGAUUAAGGAAUCAUACCAAACCAUUGUAGCAUGUUCUCUAUGCAAGAGAAAAAGGCAAAAUACUCGUUGACCUUAAGGCAGUGGGCCCGAAAGUGCAGUCGGCAUCUUUUCAGUGAUAACGUUUUCGCCAUUAUGUGAUUCGGCAUUCUUCGACCAAAACGGUAAAUUGUUUUUCAUAACAACCGAAGCAUGCCGAAAUCGCACGCGGGGAAUACGUAAAUGAACGGAAAAUGCCGAUAGAUAGAACGGGUCCUUACGUUAAACAAUGUGAUACAUACAGGAACAAUCACGUGACUGCUGCGGAUAAACUAUUUUGUUAUGACAAAAUUUUGUAAAUGAAACAGCAAACAUUUUAUUGCAUAAUUUUGUAAAUAUUUAUGUUUUAAUUUGUCUUAUUUUAACCAUGUAUAAUUUUUAUGACUAGUCGAUAUAAAUAUAUUAGGGUGUUUUUAAAACUUCUUUGAUUAUGUCAUAUUAUGUAGUUGUAAAUUGUAGUAAGGGAAGAUACAGUAAUGAGUGGGGAUUUUAUCUUAUAAAUCUAAAUCCUGUAUUGCGUAAUGUGGAAAUGAGUCAGCCUAUUUAUCUAACCACAUACAUUCAUAUUUAAUGUUUGCUUUUCUUGUAGAUAUUUUUUAAAGAUCUACCAUUUAAUGUUCAUUUGUAAACCACAAAUCUGAGGAGCAAAUGUCCCUGUACAGUACCAGGUAUUUUGCUGCUAACUUGACAAACAUUUUAAUUAGCCACUUUAACCUCGCCGGAGCUACAACCUGUAUACAAUGAACAAAGUCCGGAUCCAGUAUUUAUAGUAGUUAUACCAAGGUGUCUGCCCUGCGUCUGAAGGAACACAUUUUUGGUAAAUUUCGUAUUCUACGUAUGUGAUUUCGGCACUUUCCGGGUUUUUACGGAAAACCGUGAGCGCGUUAAGCUACUUCACGUCCGAAGUAUACCGAGUUGUGUAACGAGUCUACGUAAUCACACGGAAAUUGCCGAGUGUCAUUUCGCAUCCACUACAUUAAAGCAGGAAACUAACUUUAUAACCUUAUUAUCACUUAUGUCUUAUAAAAUUUUAUAAUCGAACAAAUUUUUAGAUAUUACACUGUAUAAGAUUAUUUUUAUUCCCUGUAACAGUCGGCGAUGUAAAUAAUGUACCGAGAUACACCUAUAUUCAACUAAGGGGCGGGGGAGUGAACUUUGUAUAGGAGGAAUAAAAAAUAAUCAAAACGCAUAAUUUUAAGGCCGUAAUCAGUGAUUAUUAUUUCUAAGAUUCAAGUUGUUUUGUGUGUGGAUAUUCUUCCUCUCAGAAAAUGUGAAUGAAUCAAAAAUUUAUAAUUGGGACCCCGCCGAACAUAUUUCCCAACACAAACUGUACUUUGGGCACUGUUCUAUACGAAGAAGUUGUCAGGUACUUUGGAGAUUUUAUACUAUGUCUGGACAGUCUUAGUACUGUAAGUUAAACAUAUGAAGUACUGUCACAAUACAGCAGUAAAUUCAGAACAAUCAGUGAAGCAAUAAACCAGUCAGUACUGUUUCUCUCAGUGUUCCGGAAGUUUUCUAUGUCGAGCAGUUCAUGAACAUUUGUCAUAUAGAUUUUUAUUUUGUUUGUUAUACAAUAUGUCUAUGUGCUUGCUUUUUGUAUACAGUUUUGUAUUGUACAUUUUAUUUAACUUAGCAUGUUGUAUAUAUAUGUAAAUACUGUAAGUUUAUAUAUAUAUAUGUAAAUACUGUAAGUUUAAAAAUAGAAGUUUUCGAUCAUGACGGUAUUUUUAACUGAUUUGCUUUGACUAAAAGCCAGAGCAACAAAAUUAAUUUUAUACAUUACAAUUAAUAAUUUUGAUUGACGUAUGAAUAAUUUGUUUCUUUCUGUAGAGAUAGUCAACAAUUUUACAAUAUACUGACCUUACUUAGUUCUAAUGAUUUGAUACUGCUUUCGACCCCGUUUAAUAUUUAUACGACAUGUCGUGUAAAUACAAACUAAAUCAAGAAGUUUUAUGUUAGAGAAUAUCACCAAGACAUGAUAACAUUGACAAUUAAUGCUUGCAUCACGAAAGCAGUUAUAUCAAAGGCACUGUCAAUUAAUGCUUGCAUCACGAAAGCAGUUAUAUCAAAGGCACUGUCAAUUAAUGCUUGCAUCACGAAAGCAGUUAUAUCAAAGGCACUGUCAAUUAAUGCUUGCAUCACGAAAGCAGUUAUAUCAAAGGCACUGUCAAUUAAUGCUUGCAUCACGAAAGCAGUUAUAUCAAAGGCACUGUCAAUUAAUGCUUGCAUCACGAAAGCAGUUAUAUCAAAUGCAAUAUGUAAGUGUUCUUAUUAUUCAACCUCAGCUGAAAAUUCUCAAGACAUGAGUUGUAUUACCAGUAGAUAUUGUAAUUCGUCCAUACAUAAUAAAGAUUCUCGAAAAUGUU